AUGAUAAAUAUGUCUCGUUUAACAAAAGUUUCUUUAUCAAGUCAAACAACAUCACCUCCUGUCGCACCGACGAAACGAUCUCAAUCAUCUACAUCACUCAUAUCGUUAAUGAGAUUAAAAAAUCAAUCUCGUCGUUCGAAUACCAGUCUAUCUGAGAAAAAUUCAUCGUCACGUAUCAAUGUCUCGAAACAGAAUUCCGAACAACGGUCUAAAGCUCGUGAUAUUGUCCUAGGUAUCCUUCAGAAGAACAUUAAAUUAAUCGCAAUCGAUUUCGAUAGCACAUUUCUAUCGAUACAUACGGGUGGUUUCUAUCAAGGAACAGUGGAUAGUUUAUUAGAAUACAUUCGUUCGACGUUCUUUUAUUUUGUUCAAGAACUUCUUGAUUCAUCAGCAUUUGGUCAUACGCUACAUGUUUGUAUUGUGUCAUUCUCAGCUCAAGAACAAUUAAUACGAAAACUACUUCAACUAGCAUUCAAAACAUCAAAAACGGAUCGAAUUAUUAUUCGUUGUAAUACCCCUGAAUUCGUGGCAAAUAUGAACAACGACUUUCUUGGUAAAGAAUAUCAUUUAUCAUCAGUAGUUACGGAAUUAUCUACUCGACGGCAUAAAACAAUAAAACCCAAUGAAAUUCUUUUACUUGACGACGAUGUACACAAUAUCUUGAUUGCCGAAGAAUUUGGUCAUCGAACUCGAACAACGAUGAGCUCCAUCGACAAUCAGAAGAUAUCCGUGGUUGAAGGCAUGCAAAAAAGCGGAAUGCCCUAUGUUCGACUGGGCAAUACCGGUUUACAAGUGUCUCGAAUCUGUUUGGGCAUGAUGUCGUACGGCACACCAAAAUGGCGUGAAUGGGUUCUUGAAGAGAAAGAAGCACGACCAUUUGUUAAACGCGCAUUGGAGCUCGGAAUCAAUUUUUUUGAUACUGCGGAUAUGUACUCAGCUGGUGUGAGUGAAGAAGUUACAGGGCGAGCUUUGAAUGACAUGGCUAUUCGAGAAGAGAUCGUCGUUGCCACGAAAGUAUUUCAUCAAGUAGCCGAUGGUCCGAAUCGAAAAGGUCUUAGUCGAAAGCACAUUUUCGCCGCAUGUGAAGCCAGCUUGAAACGCUUGAAUAUGGAUUACAUCGAUCUCUAUCAAAUUCAUCGAUUCGACAAAGAAACACCUAUUGAAGAAACAAUGGAAGCAUUGAACGACUUAGUUCGCUCAGGCAAAGUUCGCUAUAUCGGCGCAUCUUCAAUGUACGCAUGGNUAAUCAAUAUUAAUCGACGACUGGAUACAAUUGAACAUUCUCAACGAGAAGCCGAAGGAAACAUUCAUGCAAUAAAUAACAAUCUAGGAGAUAUUGUCACACGACAUACAGCUACAGAUGCGCGUGUACAACAAAAUGAAGAUAAAAUCAAAGGCGGUGCUCAAGCAGUUCGCGAUCUUACAACUCGUGUUUCAUCGUUGCCUACUACUGAUGAUAUUGCUGCUGUUCGACGUGAUCUCAAUGAAAAAAUUCGUAAUGAUCUUCAAAAAUCUAUUCAACAACAUGAUGAAAUUACAUCUCAGACUUUCGCGAAACAUGAACAACGUGUCAAUAGUUUACGUGUUGAUUUGAAUCUUUUGGAAGAACAAAUGACGCAACGUAUGAACAAUACUGAACAACAACUUUCCAAUCAAAUGCGAGACAAACAAACUGAUCUUGAUAUGUGGCGGCGAGAUGUCGAUCAAAAGAUGGUUCGUUUAAUGAACUUGAGAGAAACCAUGCCACAAGAGAUAUUCAAUCUGAAUGAGAAAAUCGCAACCACACGACAAGAAUGUAUGAAGUUUUGUCAAGAAGAACACUUUCGAAUGAAAAGUGAUAUGGAACGAAAUACUCGAAAAGAUCAUGGUCUCACUCAACGAUCUGUACCUAUCGUGCCGGCGAGUAAACCUACACCACGGGAUGACGAUUAUGAUGAUGACAGUGAUUAUAAAAAGAAAUUAAAAAAUGACGUUGAAGAGCGUCUUCCGCCAUCACUGCCAAGACAAGCAUCGAAUAUUAAUAAAAAUGACGAUGAUCCAUAUUAUUAG